AUGCUGCCCUUCCUCUAUCCUUUUCUGAACGCAACCGCCUGCACGAAGCAUACAACAUUCAAGGCAACAGCGAACAUCCUGCGAACCCGCCGUCGAUGGCACUCAACAUCAAACAACCGCAUAGUAACUACGCAAACAUCCGAAGACGAAACGGGUCCAGAUCUCUCCCAUCUUAAUCCUCCGCCAUCCGACUACUCACGAUUCAUCUUCCAGGACAAAUGCACUGCGAAAGUGGUUACUGGUUCCGGAGGCAAUGGUUGUGUGGCUUUCCUUCGAGAAAAGUACAUUGAAGAAGGUCCCCCCAACGGUGGCGAUGGAGGCAGCGGUGGAAGUAUAUAUAUACAAGCUGUUGACGGCUUGACAAGUCUGCACAAGCUCGCGCGACAAGGCACCAUCCGAGCUGGAAACGGAAAAAAUGGACAAGGAAAGAGUAGAGGCGGCAAACGAGGCCACGAUGUGCUGAUACAGGUCCCGGUCGGAACUGUCGUUCGCGAAGUGUCCAGAUAUGAUCCCAUUGAAGAGGCAGAACACGAAUACAGAACUUUGAAGGGUACUUUGUCUAGGGAAGAGCAAGCGAUGGGAAUGUAUGUCGCGCAACGCGACCGUUUCGUUCUCUAUCCCGGCUCGCUUCCUUCUGAUUUUUUGACCACGACUUUCCCAACACUCGGUCCCCCACGAAGGUCUAACCUUGCUGCACUGGAGCCCCCGGCCCCUAUUCAUCUGGACUUGUCGCAGCCUAUGGAACAACCGAAGCUUCUGGCUGCAGGCGCGGUUGGCGGGUUCGGCAAUCCUCAUUUUAUAGCGCGCAGUAUGGGACGACCUAAAUUCGCAACGAAAGGAGAAGGAGGCAUGACUCUACAUCUGGAAUUUGAGCUCAAAUUGCUGGCCGACGUCGGUUUAGUGGGGUUCCCUAAUGCAGGGAAAAGCACUUUGCUUCGUUCGUUGACGAAUAGUCGUACGAGAAUCGGGAACUGGGAGUUUACCACUUUAUCCCCAAACAUCGGCACGGUAGUCUUGGACGAUUUUAAAGGAAGACCAAAGGUUGAAUCGUUGAACAAGAAGAGUCCUCGCACAAACUUCACAAUAGCUGAUAUCCCCGGUUUGGUUGAGGACGCGCAUCUGGAUAGAGGUCUUGGAUUGGGUUUCCUACGACAUAUCGAGCGCGCUGGUAUUCUUGGCUUCGUUGUUGAUCUCAGUUCUGCCGAUCCGGUCAAAACGCUACAGAAGCUCUGGCACGAAUUGGGCGAGUACGACAAGUUGCGUAAUGCUGAAAUAGAGUCGGAAUCUGCCAAGAAGAGAUGGAUGCCCAUGAAUCCUCAGGACCCUCUUCCAGCAUUGGUCUUGCCACCUAUUUACAGGAAGCCAUGGUUCGUUGUCGCUACCAAAGCUGAUUUACCAGACACCAAGGAAAACUUUGCUGCUCUUCAAGACUACCUAUCACAGAUUCAGCAAGGGCUUGCUGAGCAUCCUAGCGGACACAAAGACGCGUUUCGAGAACGUCUCGUGGCUGUUCCAGUGAGUGCCAUCAAGGCUGAGGGUGUCAGUGGGAUUCCAAAUCUUGUGAUGACUUUUCUUGAAGGUCAGUGA